AUGGCUCUACCUAUAAACCCCACGGACGAGCCCAGGAUAUACCAGCAGACUCUGCUCCAGGACGGCCUGUGUGACCUGUUAGAGAACGAAAAGCUUGUUGAUUGUGUGCUGAAGAUCAAAGACAAAGAGUUCCCCUGCCACCGGCUUGUCCUGUGUGCCUGCAGCUCGUACUUUCGCUCUAUCUUUCUGUCGGACCUAGAGGAAAGCAAAAAGGGAGAGAUUGUCCUGGAGGAUGUGGAGCCUGGUGUCAUGGGGCUGGUCCUCAAAUAUCUGUACACUUCUAAAAUCCAUGUCACAGAGCAGAAUGUCCAGGACAUCUUUGCUGUGGCUAACAUGUAUCAAAUACCUUCAAUUUUCACUGUAUGUGUCUCUUUCCUGCAAAAGCGCCUAAGCCUCAGCAACUGCCUAGCUAUCUUCAGACUUGGCCUGAUGCUGGACUGUCCCAGGUUGGCUAUCUCUGCCCGAAACUAUGCCUGUGAACGCUUCCAGUUCAUCUCCAGGGAUGAGGAUUUCUACCAGUUGCUCCCAAGUGAGCUAGCAGCUAUCUUAGCAAAUGACAACCUGAACGUAGAGACAGAGGAAGCAGUGUUUGAGACUUUGAUGAACUGGGUGUCUAGAGACACCGAGAGCAGAGAAAAAGAGCUGCCAGGUUUGCUGGACUGUGUUCGUUUGCGUCUGGUCUCUGAGGAUUACCUGAAAGAAAAAGUAGAGAAGCACAAAUUGAUCUGUUCAAAUCCCGAGUUGCAGCAGAAGCUCCAGCUGGUUCGGGAUGCUCACGCUGGGAAAAUGCCGGAAGUUAAGAAAAGCAAGGAGGUGGCUGGUGGAGCAGGAAAAGAUGGAGAGAGUGAGGAGGAAGGUCUUCUCCCAGGCAUCCUGAAUGACAACCUGAGAUUUGGCAUGUUUAUGAGGGACUUGCUAUUGAUGGUGAAUGACAAGAGCACUGUGGCUUAUGAUCCGUCGGGAAACGAAUGCUUUGUAGCAUCACUUUCCACACAGAUUCCCAAGAACCAUGCCGGCCUGGUCACCAAGGAGAACCAGAUCUUUGUGGCAGGAGGAUUAUUCUAUGAUGAACAGAACAAAGAAGAUCCACUCUGCUCAUACUUCCUGCAGUAUGACCCGGUCAGUGCUGAUUGGAUGGGGAUGCCUCCUGUCCCAUCUCCCCGCUUCCUGUUUGGGCUGUCAGAGGCUGACAACUCCAUCUUUGUGUUGGGAGGGAGAGAGCUGAAUGAGCAGGAACAAAUACUGGACUCAGUUUUGGUCUAUGACAGACAAUCUUUUAAAUGGGGUGAAUCAGAGCCGCUUCCUUACCCAGUCUAUGGACAUGCAACAGUAUCCCACAAUGAUGUUGUCUAUGUUAUUGGAGGAAAAGGAGAUGACAAGAGCUGUCUAAGUAAGAUGUGUGCAUAUGACACCAAGAAAUUUGAAUGGAAAGAACUUGCUCCCAUGAAGACUGCACGGUCCUUAUUUGGAGCUGCCAUUCAUGAUGGCAAGAUAUAUGUGGCAGCAGGAGUCACCAACGAUGGGCUGACGGACUCAAUAGAGGUGUACAAUAUCACUACCAACAAGUGGUCAGACUGUGGAGUGUUUCCCCAGGAGCGUAGCUCUCUGAACCUGGUGUCUUUGGCUGGUUCGCUGUAUGCUGUAGGAGGCUUUGGCAUGAUGCCUUUGGAAGACAGUGAUGAGGUUAUUCCUAAAGAGAUGAAUGACAUCUGGAGGUAUAAUGAGACAGAGAGGAAGUGGAUUGGGGUCCUCAGAGAAAUCCAGUAUGCUUCAGGGGCCAGUAUCUUGGGGGUCCGCCUCAACAUCCUGCGCCUCACCAAGAUGUAAAACCAUCUCCACCCCUUGUCUGUCAAGAGACUGAUGCUCGAGUCAUCAGUAGUUUGAUAGUAGUCCAAACACAGCUUCAGCCAGGUGACGAGAUCAGUGAGGAUGUUUUGUUUUCUGUUUUUACAUAAUUCUGGUCUGAUUCUGACAUUUCUGUAUAUGUAGUUCAGUGAAUUUUAACCUGAUUGAGACUGCAAAACUGUAAACAUUUUGUAGCCUACUCACACUAUAUGGAACACCAAGAACUGACUUGAUAAUCAUGGAAUAAAUACUGGCAGGAGGUUGUGCAUCUCCCAACAGAUGGCAGCAAACUCAUAAUGCAUGUGCCUCGAGAGAAGCCUUACUGAAACGUGAUCCAGGUAACAAAACGGUUGAUUUCACCCUCUCUGUGCAGAAUCAAAACACUAGACAUCUCCAUUUGCAAUAAUAAAUCUGUACUGUUUAAUACUGAAAUGAAUUCAUUACACUGUUUUUACAGACAGAAAACACUAGUCAAUAAUACAAUAAAAGACAAAAGUCUGUUAUUAGCACCUCUAGACACUAUCGUCCUUGUAAUGUUUUUAGUAUUUUGAUAUAGCUGAACUUGACAACUACCUACAUGUGGUCUUUAUACACCAGAGUUGACUAAGACCUAGUGUUUACAUUACAAAGUAGAGAAUCGGCAAAUUACAGUACACAUUAUGAUUAAAAAAAACAAAACAAAAACACAGCAGCAAUAUGAGCAUGAGAAAUGCAGAGGGUAUGUGGAUAAAGCAUCUUAGAAUUAACUAUGGCACUGGUGCCUAUGGUUAUCAUCACAUACUGUAUAUCUUUUCCCAGAAAGAGUUAAAGUUGCCAUCAAAGGGAUGUUAGCACAGCUAACCAAAACAGCCACUCCCGAGCUCAGAGUUUGGAAACUGACAAAAUGUAGUCAAAGAUUAUCUGAGUCAAAAAUACAACUGAACACAUCCAUAAAUAAUAGUCAAUUAAAUAAUUUAAAUGGAGUGUAAAAGAAAUUUAGAUUUUUAUCCUCUAUUCAGUAGCUCUAAAAGCAAAAAGCUACAUAUGUUUUCUUUAUCACCAUUUACUUGAUAAAACCAACUAAAAAUACCCUUAUAUUUCAAUUAACAUUAGUGCAUGUCUUUUUGUCAACACAGAGCACAAUGAAAGUAAAGAUGAUUUUCCUUAUGGAUCAGUUUAUCAAAUUAUUAAAAGUGUCAAUUAAUACACUGUUUGUGAAUAAAGAGCCAGAAAUGUAAAAAAAAAAAAAAAACAAACAAAAAAAAGCACAUCAUAAAUUCCUAACAGCCCAAACCCAAAGGAAUAUUUAUUUUAUGUUUAUGAAAACAUGCAAGUAUUUUUACUGUUGAUCGACUGAAUUGAUCUAGCCAUUACAGCUCUACCUUUUACACUCCAUUUUAAUCAUUUAACUAUAUUAUUAAUUGAUAAAUUGAGUUAUAUUUAAUAUGGACAGACACAAAAAACUCCUCCAUUCUUUAAAAAAAAAGUUUUCCUUUUCACAUACAGUGCUUUCUCUCUUAUAUCCUCAUGGGUCUUUUGUAAUUGCUACGAAAGUAAGGAACUUAUAUUCCCCACACUUUUCAUGGAAGCUCUUUCAUUUAGGAUUUGGUUGUUGUUAAGGGUCCACAACUAUGUCUCUAUAAAGUGCUGCUUUAAUGUUGUCACACAUGACUUGUCGUCUUUGCAGCUGGCUUUGUUCAUUAAACAAUCCUUUUUUAUAGUGAAUUCAGACUUUCAUAGCCAGAUCAGUCUCUGAACUUUCUCUAAAUAAUGUCACAAAAUUAUAUAUAGUGUGUAUAGUAUGAUAAAACUAAUAAUUUAGUUUUUGUGACAUUUUAAAAGCUUUUUUUCUUGGUUUGUAAAAAAAAGUCAUGUAUUCAGUGUCAUUCACUUCCCAAAUUAUGAAUACAAUGUGUUUGAGUUAUGAUAACAGCAACUGAUUAAUACUACGCUGGUUUGGACCCUGCACAGGAGCUUAAGCAGUCUAGUAUAAGAAUGCAAUGUCAACCCACGCAGGAACCGACAAUAGGAUCCAGUAUUUUUGCAGGGUUUGAACAAAUAGUUUUAACUUCACUUUGGUCGUAAUACUGUUUCAGAUGACUGAACACCUAUGGGAACAAAAUUCAGGCCCCAUAUUGUAAUUUCCUACAAUAAAACAGACCCUCCUUCAGCGGAUUUCAGUUCAAAUACCUGCUACUGUAUCAGCCAAUAAACCCUACAAGCUGGAGUAUAAAGUGCUCAAUAGUAAUUAAUAUCAUUCCCUUUUAUCAAUUUGGCAACUGACACCUUUACAUUUUCUCACAACAUGAAAUAUAACAGUCCUCUUGUCCUAAAAACCUCUCUUCAUUAUGCUAGUGAUCAGAAAACAAGCCAAGCAGAAACAAUUGCAGCUGUGUUGAGUACGCACCUCAGGGAGGAGCACAGGUGCAGAGGGGGAAAUAAACUUUCAGCAUGUCAAUCAAUUUUUCAGUGGCACAUUUCCAGUGCAACUGUUCGCAUGGAAUUAAAA